CCCACAUCUGAGAUUCAACAAUGUCACUCUGAUCUCACCACAUGGCAUUCCUGGAGACUUGCCCCCGAAUGAAAUCAUGGAGUUGUUUUUAUCGCAUAGCUACUGCUACAACCACGGUGAUUAUGCCAAGAUGGCUCUGAGAACCUGGGUUAAUGUAGUCUAUGGCAAGAUGACAUCUAUCAACAGAACCAAGAAACAGGUUAUUGUAAAUGGCAGUGCCAUUGUGCCAUAUGACCACCUGAUCCUGGCCACAGGCCUACAGUACUAUGUCCCAGCGCCCACAGGAGCAGAUGUCUACAGUGGAGCCUGCAAUGAAUCUUUGCCGCAGUCACCAGAUGAAAGAUACAGUGGCCGGGUACCUUCUAACCUGUUCCUGGUCAAUGACUCCUACGAUGCUGCGGUGUUGAUGCACAGAGUGGAGCACCAGUUGAUGAAGACAAACAAAGCCAUUGUUGUGUAUGGCGGUACUAUGGAUGCUUUGACCUGCCUGCAAGCACUGCUGAAAAUGGGUAUUCCCGGGAGUGACCUAGUUCUUGUGGAACCACCAGUAACUGACGGUAUCAGUUGUUUCAACAACCCAGUUGUGGAGAAUGAGAUGAAGUCCACCCUUCGUAACCUUGGGAUCAAAGUUCACACUGACUGCUACCUGGCCAACUGGAACGAUGGAGAAAUGAGUGAUGGCAGUCCAAUCAGGACACUUGCAUUUACAAAUCAGCGCAGUCAUAUUAGAAUUGAGUGCCAGGCAUUGAUCUGCUUCUACAAACGUGGUGUGGACAUAGAUGCCUUCAAAGCCAUCAACUGUGCCUGCCUGGUCUUUGAUGGGAGACUGGUCAUCAAUGCCUCUUUUCACACAAACGAUGUAACAGUUCAUGCGGCUGGAACACUGACCAAAUUCCGUCGCAGUUACUACUGUGAUCCUUGGACCCAUGCCAACUAUUCUUCAAAGGAGGUGGGCAUUGCG